AUGGCUCACGCGGGUUUUUCAUCCUCGCAAGACGGAAUUUCUUACGUCAAAGAAAUACAAUUAAUGAUGCACGGGUUCGGAGACGUGUCCGAACCUCUCGUGUCAUCCGCGCAACUCAUCGAAAGCAUUCUCGUGCAGCAAAUGACGUGCCUGUGGAGAAACGUUCUCAACGUGGCACAAAUGCAAGAGUCGAACAAACCGACUCUCGAACAUUUUUUAUUUUUGCUCCGUAAGAAACCGAUCAAAUUGAAAAGGUUCGUCAAGUAUUUGCAAAAGAAAAAAAUGGGUAUGACGUUCAAGAUGGGAUGCAUGGGAGAAGAAAUGUGGCCGAAAAACGCGGCGUCGGAAAGGUUGAAAAAAUGUUUGGAUUUUUUACAAUUGAUAGAUCCGAUGUUUGAUCCGCUCGAAGAAGAACCGGACGACGCGUACCUUCAAAGGAAAAUCCGUGCGGAUUUGAUGGCGAGAAAUUUGGACAAAAACAAAUACAUGGAAUUUGCCAAAGCUCGACAAGUGUCAUUCGGACACGGUAAAUUUUUCACGUCGUACAAUUCGAAAUUUCGAGAAUGGCUCGGAAAAAUCGAUCACAAUCCGAGCGUGACGAACGAAACGUGCGACGUCAUGGCUUAUUUCGCGUACGAAAUAGUCGGAGAAAUCGUGGAUCUGGCAUUUUUAGUGAGGAAAGAUUCGCAGUCGAAGGAUUCCGCGUGGGACCGAGAUUGGGGACCCAGUUUGCUCACGGUCGGACGAACUCCGGUCAACAAACAAAUGGAACACAGGAGUCCGAUAUCGCCCGGAGAAAUCCGGGAAGCCAUGAGAAGAUUCGAAAGCACUCAAACGACUCCCGGAGAUGCAUUGGACGCGCUUGGAUUGAAGAGGUAUUGCUGCAGAAGAAUGCUUCUUGGUCACGUGGAUUUAAUCGAGAAGCUUCUCAAUUAUGCCCCACUUGAAAAAUGA